GAGAGAGAGAGAGAGAGAGAGAGAGAUGGCAAGGUGGUAUGUCGUACGUGUUAGUUCUUGCACUGACUGUGAUGAACACUAGUGCUAGGAAUGUACCCAGUGACGCUGGUUUAGACGACCAAAAGAACUUCAUUACAUAUGGUGGGGUUGGCGGUUUUGCUGGUGCCGGUGGGCUCACUGGCAUUGGUGGACUACCGGUACUUGGCGGUGUUGGUGGAGUCGGUGGUGGGGUUGGUGGCAUUGGUGGAAUCGGUGGUGGAGUGGGUGGACUCGGUGGUGUUGGUGGUGCAACUGGAGUCGGUGGGGUUGGUGGGUUGGGUGGUGUUGGUGGUGGCGUUGGUGGUGCUGGUGGAAUUGGCGGAGCCGGUGGCAUUCUUCCUUGAUUUGGUUGGAUCAUGGGCUAAAUGCAUGUGUGCGCGUUCUCGAGCUAAAAACGUUUUAUUUUGGUAGUUCUGUGAUAGAAUAUGUAUAAGUUAUGUUUUUAGUAUUGUGUUUGUAUUAUGUUUCAAGUUCAUGUUUUAUUAAGCUUAAUUAGUUAAGAGAAGUAGCUAUUAUAUAUGUUUUAUUUCUGGUACAACAUUUUCCAUGCAUCCAUGUCAUUCUCAAUACAUGGCACGUGAGGAUCAUAUCAAAAUCUACUAUUUUUACGAUUCCAA